CAGGCUUCAACACCCGUUUCCUCCAACUACCUUCCCAUUUUCCCUUUUUCACUUACUUUUCUCCCAUUUCUUUUUUCCAUCCUUCCAUGCACAACUCGAGUAUAUCAUCCAUGGCAGUUUCCAGAAGUACUGUCAUAAAAACCAGAGCAUAUUCAACAAAACAACUUUAUUUCCUCAUAAUAGUGUCCUUCCUUUUAAUCUCUUCCUCCUCCUCCUCUUCUUCUUCUUCGUCAUCUUCGAUCCAUGAUCUCCUUGUUUCAAGAGGCUUACCAGCAGGUCUGCUUCCGAAAGAAGUGAAAUCUUACACACUCUCCGACAAUGGAACCCUGGAGGUUUUCUUGGGGGAACCGUGCCUGACAAAGUACGAGAAUAGGGUGUUCUUCGACAGUGUGGUGAGGGCUAACCUGAGCUAUGGAAGCUUGAGCGGUGUUGUCGGGUUAAGCCAAGAAGAACUCUUCCUCUGGUUGCCUGUUAAAGACAUCAUCGUUUUUGACCCCAAAUCUGGGCUUAUCUUGUUUGACAUUGGUGUUGCUCAUAAACAACUCUCUUUGUCUCUCUUUGAAGAUCCUCCUCUCUGUAAACCAAAAGGAAUAAUGAAGAAUAAUGCGAGGAAGGAGAAAGGGUUUGAGGCUAUGAGAUAGUAGGACAAGAUUCCAAUAGUGGUGGUGUCCUUUAGUUUUAGUUUUAAAUAUAUAUGUAUAUUUUAAAAUAUAUAUAAUAGUUAAUUAGUUUUUUCCCUAAUUAUAUAAAAAAUAAAAAUAGUUUUAGGAUUUGUAAUUAAAGAAAUGACUCGUUUGAAUCUUAUUUCCCAUCAAAAUUGAAUUUCAA